AUGAAGCUGGCAUUACCACUUCUGCUCAGCGCAGCUAGAACAGUUUCGAUUUCUGUUCCAUCGCCCACGCUUCUGCUAGAAUCCGACUUGCCAAACAGCCGAUUCAGAGCGGAACUGAGCUUCGACGCUCCCUUCCUUCCGAUCAACGCCACCCUCAUAAACGUGCUUUAUUUCAUGAGCAUAGUGGGACGAGGCGAUUUUGACGAGUACCUUCAACCGCGCACAUAUAGUGCCCCCAUUUAUGGGCAAGUCCAGAUCAAGACUUAUGAGUGGAUGGAAGCUCGCUUUUUGCUUUGGGGUAUCUAUACUGCUGCCACAGAUAUGAUCCGGUUUAGUAGAUUUCACAAUGCGAUGGUAAAGCUCUACUGGGAUAACAGCAUUGUGGGCCAGAUUAAUCUUAUGGUGAAGCCGGGGAUCAGUUCACUUGACACCACCAGGAAUGGUACUCGAAGUGUUAUCAAUGAUAGCGAAGAGCUGAGACUGGCCAACACCGGCAGGAAGUCUACUCAAGCUUUCGUGGAAAGACUAGACACCUCGCCAGUGCAGAAUAUCACAGGUAGCGAUACGGCCGAUAACGUCUCUGUUAUCAACUUAGCCAAGACAUGGAACGCAACUCUCAGUAUUACGUCUACAUCGCCCACUCUUUUACCCCCGAACGCUCUUCUCUCGCCCAGACUCACCAUCGACUUCGAUAGGGUCGCCGGCGCCGCGCAACUCCGCCGUAACGAUGUAUUUCUUACUUUCUACACUGCCAUGCUCCACGUCGCCAUGUUCCCUGCUGAGGAUGACAUGCAGCCUUUUAACAGCAUGUCACCCACUGCAAAUCUGCGUGUGCAUAUGUUUGAGACGGGAAUUGGGUGUCUGAACGAGCAGGUGAUUACAGCCUUAGCAUAUGUGCCUCAAUAUAUGACGGAGCAUCCGGGAUUUGGAUACCAUGAGACAAACUUCAACGUCAAAUUGAGUGGAGUGAGGGCUUGCAGGGGGUCAAUACUCGACAGUGUGUUGAGUGCAGGCUGA